CCGCUCGUCACACACGAUCUUCGGCUGGCUCCGGCUACAAGGUGCGGCUGCGCGUCAACUCGUGGAAAAGUUCACUUCUCUGCGGGUUUCUGGCUGAACGAGGCGGAGACACCUGAGCAGGUCUGUUCCCAACGUUCUUUAAAGGUUUGACAGGUCUUCAGUUCUCAGGGUGGACCGGAGUCAUGUCGUCCGGUAAGAACAAGACCCAGACGUCUCUGGUCCUCCAUAAGGUGAUCAUGGUGGGCAGCGGCGGCGUGGGGAAGUCGGCGCUCACCCUGCAGUUCAUGUACGACGAGUUCGUGGAGGACUACGAGCCCACCAAGGCCGACAGCUACCGCAAGAAGGUGGUGCUGGACGGCGAAGACGUCCAGAUCGACAUCCUGGACACGGCGGGGCAGGAGGACUACGCCGCCAUCAGGGACAACUACUUCAGGAGCGGCGAAGGUUUCCUGCUCGUCUUCUCCAUCACGGAGCACGAGUCCUUCAGCGCCACGUCCGAGUUCAGGGAGCAGAUCCUCCGGGUGAAGGAGGAGGAAGCCAUCCCUCUCCUGGUGGUCGGCAACAAGUCGGACCUGGAGGAGCGGCGGCAGGUUUUGGCCGAGGAGGCGGCGGCGAAGGCCAGCGAGUGGAGCGUCCAGUACGUGGAGACGUCGGCCAAGACCAGAGCCAACGUGGACAAGGUUUUCUUCGACCUCAUGCGGGAGGUUCGCAAGAAGAAAAUGUCCGAGAGCAAAGACAAGAACGGGCCGAGCGGCAAGAAGAAGAAGAAGCACUGCUGCUUGCUCUAACGCUGAGGAGACUCGCCUGAGAACACCUGAGAGCCGCCGCGGUCCAAUCGGCAGCCGGGAAGCCGUCACAUGAUCGCCUGCAACGCGUAUAGAAACACACAUUUAUGCUAAACAGCCACCGUGACGCCGUAACUCUCUGAACCCACCGGCAGCGUCCAGACGCGUCUUUAAACAACCGCCACGAUCCCAACGAACCGUCCUCGAAUGCAUCACCGUGUCCCUUCACUAAGCUUUAUUUUCUCUUGUUUAAAAAGUCUCAACAAAUCAACCCUUUGCUCCAAAAACAUUCUGUGAAAACUAGAAGAUCUGAAGCCGCGAGCGAACGUCAAAACGUUUUCAGCUGAACUCAGAUCAGCGACAGAGGAGGCAAACGAACGUGUAAAUAGUUAAAAGUCUGAGACGUGGAGUCACUGCUCUGCUGUGGACUCUGACUGGUCACUUCCAUUUUAUUUUUCAUUUUCAAAAAUAAUAAUUCAACUUUUUUCACGAUUCGAAUCCACCGAAGACGUUCCUGCGUUCUCUCUACUUCCAGACUUUAUAUUUCAGACCAGAAUGAGCCCACAGUGAGUUCAGAGGGUCAGAAACACUCAGCAGAC